CCGGUCACACUGUGUUUGUUGCGGAAAUUUGGCGGUAAAAAGUGGCGACUUUAUUGAUUGACCGUCUUAUUUAUGUUUUGUAAUUGUACCCAACCAUGGGCAUCACGGGCUUGAUCCCCUUCGUGGAGAAGGCGUCCUCCAAGCUACAGCUGAAAGACAUUCGGGGCACCACAGUGGCCGUGGACACAUACUGCUGGCUGCACAAGGGAGUUUUUGGCUGCGCGGAGAAGUUAGCCAGAGGCGAGGACACGGAUGUCUACAUCCAGUACUGCCUGAAGUACGUUCAGAUGCUGCUGUCGUACGACAUUAAGCCAAUACUGGUCUUUGAUGGCCAGCACCUGCCAGCGAAAGCCCUGACAGAAAAGCGGCGGCGGGAGUCCCGGCAGCAGAGCAAAGAACGAGCUGCGGAGCUACUGCGUCGCGGGCGCAUCGAGGAGGCACGGUCUCACAUGCGGCGAUGCGUGGACGUUACCCACGAUAUGGCCCUGCGCCUUAUAAAGGAGUGCCGGAUGCGGAACGUUGACUGCAUCGUGGCUCCCUACGAGGCGGACGCCCAAAUGGCCUGGCUGAACAAGGCGGACAUUGCCGAGUUCAUCAUCACUGAGGACUCGGAUCUGACGCUUUUUGGCGCCAAGAAGAUCAUUUUCAAGCUGGACCUCAAUGGCAACGGUCUACUGGUGGAAGCGCAAAAACUCCACUUGGCCAUGGGCUGCCGGGAGGAGAAUUACCACUUCGAUAAGUUCCGUCGCAUGUGCAUCUUGUCUGGGUGCGAUUAUCUGGAUUCCUUGCCAGGAAUCGGCUUGGCCAAAGCCUGCAAAUUUAUUCUCAAAACGGAGCAGGACGAUAUGCAAAUUGCUCUAAAAAAGAUACCCAGCACCCUCAACAUGCGAAAUUUGGAGGUAGACGACGAAUACAUUGAAAACUUCUUGAAAGCAGAAGCCACCUUCAAACACAUGUACAUCUACAAUCCCCUCGAACGCCGCAUGGAACGGCUAUGUGCCUUGGAGGACUUUGAAACGGACGUGCGCUACUGCAGCAAUGCUGGAACCUUGAUGGAAGACACAGAUCAGGCCUUGCACCUCGCUCUGGGGAACAUAAAUCCCUUUUCUCUAAAGCGCCUUGAUAGCUGGACACCGGAGAAGCCCGUGCCAACUCCAAAGAACGUAAAACGGACGAAACACAAGAGUAUUUGGCAAGGAGAGUUUCUUAAGGAGAACCUCAAGGUCGAAAAGAAGCAGACGUCCUGUGCCUUGUUUUUCAAGAAAGUGGAUUUUGUUAGCAAGACUAUUGACGAGGAUAUUGAGGCUAAUCAACGUUUGGAGGAGGCAAAGCAGACCGAGGCUCAGGUCUUUACUAUGUACAAUUUCCGAGGAAAGAGGAGAAGGAGUCCCAGUCGGGAAGAGUCUAUAAAUACUCAGCGAACUCCCCCGCAGUCGCCAUUACACAAAAGUCGCCAUAAUCCCUUUGCCAAGGACCGAUCGGGGUCAGAUGCCCAUCAGAAGUCCCCCGCAGUGUGUGAGAACGGGUCUUUGUUGCGUUUGUUAAGUCCAAACAAGGUGAGUCCUUUACAUGGUGGAGCAGACGAAACGAGGGUCAAUUCCCUCAAAAGAAGCAUCUUUGCCAAGGAGCAGGUGGUAGAGGUGCGUAGUCGAUUUUUUGGUACCCAACAGACAAAGCAGUCAGAGGAGCAACCGACUCAGGAACUGGAUUCCCACAUUAGCCAAAAAAGGUUAAGGUUGCAAAAGCAAGAAUGUAUAGUAUUGGAUGAGGCAAGACCUCCAAGCAGAAACUCGCAUGUGAGUGAGGCCGACUCAGAACCGGCCUUAUUGGAGUGCGAAGAAACAACUUCAGAAUCACCCGCCCCCGAAAGCAUUCCAGACAAGGAUGAAGGAAAAAUACGCAUCAAAUCCCUGGACUUGCUAAUUGACCAGCGAAAAGCCUCCACCGAUUCCGAGAGCCACGAAAGUGAGACCAUUAUUCUACUCUCCGACGACAGCUGCAGUUCCAACCUGACCCCGGCAGCAUCGACCAAUUCCUCCUCCUCCAGCGCCAAUAUUCAGCGGCACAACUCUUUACCGUCUGCUGGAAAGAAAAGAAUCGGACUGAGUAGACAAACUUCCACUGCCAAAAAAGGAACUCCCAAGACCCCCAAGAAAACGACCAGCAAACUGGGCACUGUGAGCCAGAAUCAAACUAAGUUAAGCAUGUUCGGAUUCCAGAGGCGCGCCGCGCUCAAAUAGUUUCCUAUUCACAGACUGUAACCUUUUUGUUUAUUAGCGUAAUCUAAUUUAUUAAAUUGAAGAACCGAA